UUGGUUCCUUUGCCCGCCGUCGGUUGCCGUGGAGACUUGGCGCUGCGGCCCUGCGCUCAUGGCGCUGUACCAUCUCUUCUCUCACCCGGUCGAGCGCGCCUACCGCGCGGGGCUCUGCUCCAAGGCCGCGCUCUUCCUGCUGUUGACCACCGCGCUCACCUACAUCCCCCCGCUGCUGGUGGCCUUUCGGAGCCAUGGGUUUUGGCUGAAGCGGAGCAGCUACGAGGAACAGCCGAACGUGCGCUUCCAGCACCAAGUGCUGCUCGUGGCUCUCCUGGGGCCCGAGCCCGGAGCCUUCCUUGCCUGGAGCACGUUCCCCACCUUCAACCGGCUGCAGGGGACUCAUCUGCGCGUCCCGCUCGUGUCGACCCGAGAAGAAGACCGGAACCAGGAUGGGAAAAUGGAUGUGCUGUACUUUAAACUUGAACUUCCCCUGCAACCCACAGAGCAUGUCCUCGGUGUGCAGCUAAUCCUGACCUUCUCCUACCAACUUCACAGGAUGUCAACAUUCGAGAUGCAGAGCAUGGCGUUUCUCCAGUCCUCCUUUGCUGUCCCCGGGUCACAGUUACACGUGAAUGGUGACCUGAGGCUGCAACAGAAGCAGCCACUAAGCUACCGUGGCCGGGACAUCAGAUACAACGUGUCCGUGAUCAAUGGGACAAGUCCUUUUGCCCAGGACUACGACCUCACCCACAUUGUUGCCACCUAUCAGGAGAGGAAUGUUACCACUGUCCUCAAUGACCCCAACCCAGUCUGGCUGGUGGGCAGGGCCGCUGAAGCUCCAUUCGUGAUCCAUGCUGUCAUCCGCUAUCCCGUGGAAGUCAUUUCUUACCAGCCAGGGUUCUGGGAGAUGAUCAAGUUUGCCUGGAUCCAGUACGUCAGCAUCCUGCUGAUCUUCCUCUGGGUGUUUGAAAGAAUCAAAAUCUUCGUGUUUCAGAACCAAGUAGUGACCUCCAUCCCUGUAGCCGUACCCCAGGGGGAGAUAAGGAAAGAGCACUUAUCCUGAGAUGAUCCCGUCAGGAGCCCGAGGGACCUUCAUUCCUGUCUUCUGAGACCUGCCGUCUUAACAGCCUUUCUGCGAAGAGCCCGCUGGACACCUUCAGGCCUGCGUGUUUCACUUCGGAGAAAAGCCCGCUCCUUCAAAGCACCAAGGGAACCCACAAACACUAGCUUGUGGAAAGGUCUCAGGGUGGCCGGAGGCUGUGAUUUUUUUGUUCUGUUUUGUUUCUGGUUUUGCAUUGCUUUGGCCUUGAAUUUCAGGGAGAAAAUUACUGUGAGUUCAUAUGUCUUUGAAAGAGCCCCACCUCCGGUCAAGCGAAGAGUUUAUGUCUUUUGAACUGGGAUGCCCUGCGCACUCCUCCCUCCUAGCCGCUUUCUUAGCCUCCUCAGGGGCUCUCACAAGAAACACGCAAGGCCCUGGUACAUUCUACUCCUACGUAUCUACACAGUGUCCAUUCAGAACUUUGAUUUCCAGAAUUGAAGCCUCUUAACUGGAGACCGGAAGGGGGCAGGGCAGGACCUAAAUACAGAACCACGUGCUUGCUGGCGGGUAACUUAAGGGCAGGAGGACCAGACACCUGCCCUCAGGCUAAUAGAUGGGGGUCUGUCAUCAGCUCAGCUGAACGGCCCUCUGUUCCUGCCCUGAUGUGGCUGGCUCUGUGCCCUGUUUCUUGCCCUCUGUCUGUGCCCCUGGGAUGGCGGCUGGAGUAGGAAGCGCCUGCUUCAUUCAGUCCGUCCCCCAACCCCCUGCACCAAGGGAGGUUGUCGGGCUUCUAACAACUGGUUCUUUCUCCCUGGCUCUCACCCAACAGCCUGGCCACUCCCUCUUGAUGGCCUUCCCCCUUUCUGAAAGGAUGUGGGUGAUAGAGGGGUUGUGUUGUUGGCAUUGGCUUCCACUGCCUGACAACCGCAGGGUUUAUUUGGAGGCUGAGCAGUUGUUUGCAGUUCCCUUGAUUAAGGAACAGAGUACUUACCAGAGAGGAGGCUCUGGGGGAAGGCAUGAGGAGAGUGAGGAAAGGCUGAUCCGUCUAAGCCAGCCUGGCCAUUAACAGAGCGAGAAGGAGCCUAGCCAGAUAACCCUGUAAUCUAUAGAGGUAUCUACAAGGACGUCUACUCUGCAUCGAAAACUGUUAUUUGGCCCCAUUCCUGCCCCAAGCAACUGUGCUCUCCUAAAGAGCUCCACCACAUCAUUAGCCCCGGAAGGACGUCUCUACCUCUAUCCUCCAUGCCUUCACGUCUAACCACAAACACCCCCACCACGUUUACCUCAGUUUACCUUGGAGACACCCUGUCAGGCUGAGCAAAGUAAGAAUUUUGAAGACAAAGCUGUUUUGAGAAUUCAAGGAGAAAAACUCUAGUCCUAGUUUCUCGUAACCCAGCUGAUUAUGUGCCUGGGUGGUUUUGUUUGUUUGGUUUUUUUUUUCCUGAAGAUUUACAUGAAAAAAAAAAGGUCUCUGAUUUCAACUUCAUAAGGCUUAUGAGAUGUGUCUCAGUUGGAAGAGCUCUUGCCUGGCACACUUGGAGCCCUGGUUCUAUCCCCAGUUACACAUAAACCUUUAUGGUGGUGCAAGCCUAUAACCCCAGCACAUUGCCAGUGGAGGCAGGAGAAGAAAUUCAGGAUCAUCCAUGAGUUAGAGCCCAGCUGGGGACACUUGAGACCCUAUCUCAAUAAAAUAAGGAAAUGGGGUUGGGAGCAUGAUCAGAAGUAUGUUGUAUGGAAAAAAGAUAGCAAGACACAGAAAGAUGACCAAAGAUACAAGCUACUCUGCAUUAAAUGAAACUAUCCUGUGCAAAAAUUAUAUAAAGAACUCAAUGAUGUUUUAUAACUUUCUAAUUAAAAUAUUCUGAAAGUUU